AUGCUUAUGGUGAAGAGUUUGGUUGCAAUGGCAACUGAAAAACUGCUGCUGAAAACAUCGGGACAUCAAUUUUUGGACGGUGUUGAAUAUAUGUAUCGGGUUGGCCUGUCACCUGAUCGACUUUACAUUAUGGAAACGGCUAGUGGAAAAUUCAUCCUGCAAUUUCAUUCACGAUGUGAUAUACGGCCGUUUGCUGUAAGCAUAUUCUUUUUUUUUCUUAAUUUUUUCAUGCCACAUAUAUGUAUUUUCAUUUUUUCCAUGCCUUAUAUACAUAUUUGCGGCAUGAAAAAAAUGAGGAAAACGACCUAA